CGAAACAAAUCUUGGUCAAUGUACGUUCCUAGAUUGAGAUAAAGAACAAAUCAUUAUUUUCCUCAGAUUUGACACAUGUUCACAACGCACACACUAUUUAUAUAAGCAUCUAAGGCAUUCACAAACCUCACACCGUACAAACUCACCACCCAGUAACGCUAACAAGUAAGUACCUAGCUAGGUCAAAAUAGAAAAGUUCACGACAAUUAAGUCGAAGAAGAAGAACAUGGAGGAGAACCAGAAGGGGAAGCAGGGCAAGGAAGAAGUGCGGUACCGUGGCGUGCGGCGGCGGCCGUGGGGGAAGUACGCGGCGGAGAUAAGGGAUCCGUCGAAGCAAGGGUCGAGGCUGUGGUUGGGGACAUUUGACACCGCUGAAGAAGCUGCUAGAGCUUAUGAUCGCGCAGCGUUUAACUUGAGGGGUCAUCUUGCUAUUCUGAAUUUUCCUAGUGAGUACUAUUCUCAAAUAAGGGGUUCACCACCUUAUCCACCUCAUUUAGCACCACCCUCUUCCUCCUCUUCUCACGGUGGUGGAAGCGCUUCUUCUUCUGGCGCAUAUCAUAGGCCUGUUUUCGAGAUUCCUUGUUUGGAUGAUAAGGUGUUGGAGGAUCUUCUUGGUCAGUCAGAGGAGCACAAGAAGAAAAAGAAGGGAGAAUAGUACUAUACCACUCUACUCUACUCUACUCUACUCUACUCUACUCUACUCUACUCCACCAUAAUUUCUCUGCUCUUUUUUCUUUUUCCUCCAUUAACAACUAUAUAGUAUUAACUAAAAUGAAUCUGAUAUCUCUUCAGAUCAAGAAACAACCAAAUAUUACUAUAGCCUUCAUUACCUGUGUUUGUACAAGUUUCUGUUUGUGGAGCAAAAGAAUAAACUCUACUUUAACUAA